CACAGCAUCAGCAUCAGCAUCAGCAGCAUCUCCACACACGCUCCUCCAUCCUCCCUCCCUCUGCUACCUCUCUAUGCAGCCCACGGGUUCCUGCAGAAUGCUGAGGAGUCACCCGGAGAGCUGAUCGCCAACAAAUGACAUGUCCCUUGAAUGAUUAAUCACUGAGUGCGAGGAAUGGGGGAGAAGACAAAAACUGCUGCGUGUGGAAGUUUCCAGGGAAGGCAGAGCUGAACGUGUGUGGAAGGAGCUGCUGUGCUCAUCCAUCCUGGGCUUUGACUGAGACAAGAAGGAAGCUGCUGCUGCUGCUGCUGAGGAGCCUCAUUGCAAACAAUGCUGUAAUAAGAAAAAAAGCCAACACAGAGGAGACACAGAAGGACCCAACAAGCGCUUAAAAUGCCAGAACAAAGUAAUGAUUAUCGAGUAGUGGUGUUUGGGGCAGGAGGUGUAGGGAAGAGCUCCUUGGUCCUGCGGUUUGUCAAAGGAACAUUUCGAGACACAUAUAUUCCAACUAUUGAGGACACAUACCGGCAGGUCAUCAGCUGUGACAAAAGUGUCUGUACCCUGCAAAUCACGGACACAACUGGAAGCCACCAGUUUCCAGCUAUGCAGCGACUCUCCAUUUCUAAGGGCCAUGCAUUUAUUCUAGUCUUCUCUGUCACCAGCAAACAGUCAAUAGAGGAGUUGAAGCCAAUCUACCAGCAGAUCCUACAGAUCAAAGGUAGUAUAGAGAGCAUUCCAGUAAUGCUAGUAGGAAACAAGUGCGACGAAACACAGCGUGAAGUGGAUACAAAAGAAGUAGAGGCGUUGGCCAAAGAGUGGAAAUGUGCCUUCAUGGAGACCUCAGCUAAGAUGAACUACAAUGUGAAGGAACUUUUUCAAGAGCUACUGAACUUGGAGAAAAGGAGAAACAUGAGCCUAAAUAUUGAUGGUAAAAGGUCCAGCAAGCAGAAGAGGGCAGACAAAAUUAAGGGAAAAUGCAGUAUCAUGUAAGCAAAUACAAUCCUGGCACAUUCAUUUCAGUUCUGCAUGUGCAAGGUCAUAAAACGUGUUUCCCUUUAUUUUGAAGAGAAUUUCAAUCCUUGGCUGCAUUUUAACACUGUGACUGCACAGGCAUAUACAAUCUGCCUUGCACAAUAAUUGGGCAGCGACUACGUUUUGCUUCAAGUCAACAUACCAUGUCAUUUCGUUAAGAACACUGACGCAAUGUACUUUUAUCAUCUUUUGUAACAGGAUUUUGGCUUUGUGAACUUGCCCUUUCUUUGAAAUGGUAAUCAAAGAAAAAAAAAAAAGGCUCCCACAUAAUGGCUAAGUAUUAGCCUUAUGAGAACAGUGGUGCUGUAACAAAAUCAUGUGCAGUAAAAAAGAGAUGUCAUUAAAAGCACAAACAUCCCAGCAAAGAUUUUUUUACCCAGUCGUUGAAACAAUGUAUUUGCAAGAAUGCAUCAUCCCAGAACAACAAAAGCAACAAUUGCACAAACCUAACAUGAAAAGGGAUGGACCAGCAUCAAAGUGAAUUAUUCUUCUAAAUGAAUACGCUAUUCAUACUGUAUGCUUAAAACAAUAAACGGCUGAUCUCUACAGCUAUAGAAAACA